AUGGGAGAUAUAGUCAUAUAUUCAUAUAGCUGCAAUAAUAAUAGUAGUAGUAGUAGUAGUAAUAGUAACAGUAAUAGUUGUAACAAUAUAAUUCAUUUACAACGAAAGGAGGGGAAUGUUGAUUUGGGGUUAGUUGGACGAGGAGAGCGUAAAGUAGACGACAGCAGGACCGCCUUGCAAACAACUCUUCCAAUAAUUUUGUUCAUCCGUACUUCUUCCCGUCCUCGUCUUCCUCCAUCAACCGUUGUUUGGUGUAUGUGUAUGUAUAUGUAUGUAUGUAUUGCAGUAGUACUGAUGGUAAGUCAUCAGGCAGCAACAGCAAACGGCAACAGCAGCAGUCGGAGCAGCACGGCACACAGUAAUGCAUUUUGCAUGUUGUGUGUUUGGUUGUCCGAUGGGGUGAUAGCCCAAUGUGUCGAGUUUUUCGUGCAAUCGACAAAAUGCCAUCAUCAUUUCCCUGAACGUCUACAGCAGGAGCAGUAA